AAGAAUGGAAGCUCAAGUUCCGUGGAGCAUUCAAAUGGCUGGAAAUGUUUCGAUCGAGCAGGACGUUGGCCGUACUCAUGAAGCCUGGUGAUUGCGAAAUUGGCAGGCGAGCGUGACUUUUGGAGUUCGCUCUGUCAUGGCGGUCGCCUUCGCGUCAGCUCCCGGGCGAAUUUGGACAUCUUCUUCGACGGCAGCAGCCUGCAGGCCGCCUGCUCCGCCUGCCUCGCUCUGUCAUCAGAUUCUUGCUCCAGGCAAUUGGCGAGCCCGUUGGUUGAAGUCGUCGACUAUGUUGCCUGCCGCUACCCCGUGUCGACGUGGAGGAUGGGGAUCGUUUGGAGGACCUCCUUCAGCUCUAAUGGUUUCGUCCUCGAUGGGUGGAACUUCAGCAGUAUCAGUGGAGAUCAACGACGGCAGUGAUAAAAAGUUUCCUCCUUUGCCGGCAAGACGGACUGUGGUGGGCUGUGGGACUCUAACACUGGAUUUUCUUGCGAAAGUGGCCUCAUAUCCCGAAGCAGAUGCCAAGAUUCGCACUACUGAUUCUUUGGUUCAAGGCGGUGGCAAUGUAGGAAACGCAUUGACUGCUGCAGCUCGACUUGGGCUCAAACCUAGAGUUUACUCUAAGCUGGCUAAGGACUCCUCCGGCAUCGGAAUACUGGAAGAGUUGGAGGCUGAUGGAGUCGAUGUCUCCCACGUUGUGGUAGCUGACGAAGGAGUAUCUCCUUUCACCUACGUCAUUGUUGAUGAAGAGACGAAAACACGGACAUGCAUACACACGCCUGGAUACCCUCCAUUGGAACCUUCCGACUAUUCCUCUUCAGCCAUAGCAUCGCUUCUCAGCGGGGCAGACUUGUUGUAUCUGGAUGGACGUAUUCCUGAUGCUGCUCUGCGUGUAGCAGAAGAGGCAAGUAAACAGGGGCUGCCAAUUAUCAUAGAUGCUGAGAGGAAGAGAGAGGGCUUAGACGAGCUGCUGCAUUAUGCUGACUAUCUCGUCACUUCUGCGAAAUUCCCUGUGGCAUGGACAGAGGCUCCGACCUUAGGGGAAGCCCUAGUUGCCCUAGCUUUGAAGUUACCUCGUCUGCAAUUUGUAAUAGUAACACAAGGUGCUGCUGGAUGUGUGAUGCUUGAGAGGAGCUCAUCAGAGAAACCAGAAAUGAUGGAUGUGAAUCAAACCUUGCAGUCUCUGUGGAGAGAAGCUAAAGAGUCUCCCAUCUCAGGCCCCACCGUAUUCUCGUCUAAGGUGGGUGUAUUGCAAAACUCCAAGGCCGGGACAGUAGACACUGAAGACAGAUGUGUAGGGCGGCUCUUAGUAGGAACUGCAGACUUUGUACCAUCUACUGAGCUGGUAGACACCACGGGAGCAGGCGACGCUUUUAUUGGUGCCGUCAUGUAUUGUCUAUGUGCCGGAUUAAUACCAGAAAAUAUGCUUCCACUCGGAUCUGCUGUGGCUGCAACCAAAUGUCGGGCACUGGGUGCUCGGACAGGUCUACCUCUUCGUGGUGAUGCACGGGUACUUCCAUAUCUGCUUUAACGUAGGGUGGUGGGGUUUCGCUGACUUUGUCACUCAUGUACUGCGGAACUGACACUAUUUUAAUGCUUAUAACUCUUCCAUUUUUUGAACCAAUCCAAUGAUGUAUGUUUUGUUACAAAGCUUGUGAAUCAUUUCUACCUGAACUAGCACUUGAAUUUACAGUAAAUCGUGCUUUCAGAUAUUCUUUCGGACCGACAAAGACUUGUCCUGGAAAUUUGGAAAGUAAUUGGCCGGACUGCCUACCUGGUUUUGCCAUGAAACGUGCAGACUUGGUGAUCCAGAUGAAUCAUACGUCUUCUUAUUGACUUCUCGUUCGUAAUUGUUAGCCUCGAAAGAACAUAUUCUUACGCACGGACUACUGAAAGUCUAAAGAAUUUGCCCUUUAAAGAGGAUUUUUUGUGUGGAGAUCAUGUAGACGGAGGUUCCUUCCAGUGUGGCCCCGCAGGGCAUAAUCGUUUGUACAUACUCGUGUCAAUAUAAAAGAGUCGUUCAAAUCGAUCUCGUGAAUAAGGAAAACUCGUCGUUGUCUAUAUAAGACACUAAAUGAGAAGGAAUGAUGAGAAGUUUUACCUGGGGACUGGCGACCGUAAGGUUUUACUUACUCCGUCACUAGUCGUAUAUUCGGUGCUGCGCUCUUUCUUUGUCUUGGUUGAAAACUUUUUCUGGCUGGGAAGCUUUCUAUUGUUAAUACUGGAAGAUCAUGGGACCUUCCUGUCACGUCUCUGAACGAUCUAGACCUUUCAAGCCUAGUGCUUGAGCUUCUCCAAGCGGCUGAAAGACCAUUGUUCAGGCUUGAAUAGCUUUCUAGACUAGGUUGACGCAACUUUGCGCAUGUGUAAUUUUCUCUUGAUAUUGAUGUCCAAAUGGUAACCAUAACCUCAAGUGGACUGAAACAUGUACAACAAUUUGUAAUACGUUUAUUUGGGUACAGAAGAGCCCCCUUCCAUCGAAGUAAACCUUUCGGGUCAAUUAGCGUGUGCCCAGAGUUGUUUUUGCAUGACUUGGGCCAGCCUGCCUCGUUGUUAGUAAUGUUGUCUCUUCUAUUUAAAAUCUAAGUAUGUGAUUUACUUUCCGUUAUGGCCCCGGCGAACUAUUCCUGCCCAGCAGAUGCUUUGAAGGCAUGAGUGUGGUUCCUGUUGGACCAACUACAACGUGGUCACUAUGCGUGUUUCUUCCGUCUUGUGGCGCAUGCUUUUGAUUGUUUGCUGAAUUGCAUACAACCUGAAAAACCUAUUCUUGACAUUUUGAUGCCAUGUUGUUUCAAUAUGAAGCGACGGCGAGUUUGUCUUCAAAAUUCACGUGUGCCCUCAAACCUCAUAAGUUUUCGAAGUUUUUGCUUUGUUGUGAAGUUGGAUGAAGAUCAGUACAAGCAACGGCCUUUUGCACCGAGGAUUUUUAAAAGCAUCAGACUUUCCAGUAUGAGGGCAUGUGCUGUGUUUUGAAUACAGCACAUGGGUUUUGGUCAUCAAAUGUAAAUCCUGGUAACUAGUGGUGCACAUUUCGUAGAUUAGAGACUUUUGUUUCUCAUAUGCAGCAAUAUUGAGUAACAGAACGUCCAAAGAUGAACUUAUUAUUCCCUGACAAUCGUAA